AUGGGAGUUUGCCAGGCGAAAAAGUAAAAUUAAAAACAAAUCUCAUAACAAAGAGUACAAAUAGAAUCAAAAUGUAAAACUGAGACAAUAGGAUUAUAAGACGUAGUAGUAUUAAGAAGAUCAAACAUUUCUCCAUAAGAAAAGAAACUUUUUGGUGAAUCAAUUUUUUCUCCAAAUACAGAAGGAAAUAUGGUUACUUCUCGAUAAAGGAAUCCAAUAUCAGUUUAAAAAAUUUAAAGCAACAUAUCUGGAUUACAUACAUGCACAGCAAGUCCUCUUUUAGAAACAACUAGUGCUUCUAAGAAAUAUACAUUAAUUGGUCAGCAUUCCUCCAACUAUGUAGAAUAAAUUCUUAUAUUUUAAGCAAAUAUCAAUUUUACAAAGUAAUAAGACAGGUAAAUUGGUCCAAAUGGAAAAUAUUCAUAAAUAAAAUCCGAAUCAUGAGAAAUAUAUUGCUUGGUUAUAAAAAGUUACUUUAGUAAUCAAUAUAAUAUUUAUAUUAUUUAGGAUCAUCCAAAUAUCCUAAGGAUUAUAGAAAUAUAUUAGGACAGAAUAAAUUAUCAAGUAGUUUCAGAACAUUUUAAUGGAAAUUCUUUAUCAGAUUUGAUAAUCGGAUAGGCUAAAGUUCCAAAAAGUUUGGUAUCUUAAAUUUAUGAAUAAAUGAUAUCAACAAUGUAAUAUCUACAUUCUAAAAAUAUUCUUCAUGGAAAUUUAAAUCUCAAAUCAUUUGAAUAUAUUUUAUCAAAUAAUGGAGGGGUGAUAGUAAAGUUAGUAAAUUUAAAAGGAAUCAUCAUAAAAGAAGAAGAUAAUUUGGAAAUCAUUAAAUUUUUACCUCCUGAAUGUUUAUAUCAUUAAAAUGUAUUUACUAAAGAAAGAGAUAUAUGGAUGGUAGGAUUGAUAGGUUACACUUUAAAAAAAGGCAAAUUACCUUAUGAUAUCUCUUAAAAUGCUACAACAUUAUUUUUGAUUACAACUAUUAAAGAUCAUAAAUUUAAUUUUUAAAAAAAAAAGGAUUAGAAUUUUAAGAGUUUUUUAGAAGCUACUUUAGCCAAAGAUCCUCGACAUCGUGUAGAUUUUGAAACUCUAUUAAAACAUUAAUUUAUAAAAAAUCAUCAAAUUAAGAAAAUGACAUAACAAGAAAUUUUACUUACUAACUUUAUUAAAAAUAAACCUUGUUGCAUAAUUUAAUAACUGUUAUUAGGAUAUUUUGGAUAAGAAUUUAAUUGGGAAGAAUAUAUAGCAACAUAAAAAUUAUUUUCAGAAGGAGAUACUAACAUGAAUGGAUUAUUAAGUAAAUAAGAACUUAUUAAACUUUUUUCUAUUUAUAAAAAAACUAAUGAUAUAGAGAUAAAAAUAAAUGAAAUAUUUUAAUAAUUAGAAGUAGAUAUUUAAAAUGGAGGAUUAGAUUCUAAUUAAUUUAUGUCAUUAGCAUUAACUCGAUCCACUUUAUUAACCCAAUAAAAUAUUGAAACAUGCUUUUAGAUCUUUUCUAAUAAUAAAUAAGAGAUAUAAUUAAAAGGACUUAAAAGACAUUUAUAAUGUGAAACUGCUGAUAUUAAAUCUGAAUUUUCUCAAAUCACUGAUGACUUAAAUACAGUAUAAUUUAUUAUUAAAUUUUAGUUAAAUUGGUAAUAAUUUGAAUCAAUUAUGAAAUUAUUGCUAGAAUGA